UCAGCAGGCAGCUCUCAGCGGCAGCCCAGCACGCCUUUGCCCUGUGGACCAGAGCACUCUGUAUUUCUUCUAAGGCACCACCUUAUCAGAUGCACAAGCUCCUCGGCGUGUGCUUUGUGCCCUUAUUUCCCCUGGCUUGAGCUGGGAGACAUUCAUCUUCUGAUGCUUGUCGAAUCGAAGUAUCUUUUGAGCGCGACAGGAGGAAGGUGCAGAGGGGGGAUGUAGGAUCAACGCUGCUCCAUGAAAGAGGCAUAUUAAUAACACUGAUGCACGGCCAAUUAGCAGGAGGAGCCAGGUCCACCCCUCGUGUCUGCGUGCUAGUGAUUUAUCGGCAGUAAUUACCGAGGCACUUAAUGCUUAGUUUGGAUGGGAAUUAAUUCGAGGCCAGAUAAAUAAUGCAUUACGGUUUAUUUAGCCCCACGUGAAGCGUCGCCCCUGAGGCAGAGCUGGGAGCGGAACAGCAGAAAACGGCGGGCGAUGCGCGGGGCGGCGGCCGGGCGGGAGCAUGCUGAGCCCCAGGAUCCGGCAGGCCCGGAGAGGUUACCAAGGCCUAAUCCUGCAAGGUUUUUCCAUAACCCUUAUUCACAGGAGCUGUAAAUAAGGAGUGCUGAAGAUGCUGAAUUCCUCUUGAAGCCCGAUCAAAGAGUUUGGUGAUGGGUGAGCAGAUCGGGCCUCCCUCCAGACCUUCUUCUCCUAACCCUCAAGAACGUGUGGUGAAGUGUGGCUGGCUGAAGAAACAGAGGAGCAUUAUGAAGAACUGGCAACAGCGGUGGUUUGUGCUGCGUGGAGACCAACUCUUCUAUUAUAAGGAUGAAGAGGAAACUAAACCUCAGGGUCUCAUUCUACUGCAAGGAAAUCAAGUGAAUGAGCUGCCGCCUAAUCCUGAUGAACCGGGAAAACAUCUCUUUGAAAUUGCCGCAGGUGGUGCAGGAGACCGGGAAAAGAUGCCUGUCAAUCAUGAAGCUUUCCUGCUCAUGGCUAAUUCCCAGAAUGAAAUGGAAGAUUGGGUGAAAGCCAUCCGACGGGUUAUAUGGGCUCCUUUUGGUGGAGGUAUUGCAAAUAGCUCACAUGCACAUAAAUUAAAACAUUUGCCUCAAGGGAUCUUUGGACAGCGAUUGGAGGACACUGUGCAGUACGAGAGGAAGUAUGGCCAGCGGUUGGCCCCACUGCUGGUGGAACAGUGUGUGGAUUUUAUUCGGGAGCGAGGUCUUACAGAGGAGGGGCUCUUUCGGAUGCCUGGCCAAGCCAACCUUGUCAAAGAUUUGCAGGAUUCUUUUGACUGUGGAGAGAAGCCCCUCUUUGACAGCAACACGGAUGUUCACACUGUGGCGUCCCUCCUGAAGCUUUACCUCCGAGAGCUGCCAGAGCCUGUCAUCCCCUUUGCCAAAUACGAAGACUUUCUUUCUUGUGGACAGCUACUCUCAAAAGAUGAGGGAGAGGGUACCCAGGAACUGGUUAAACAGGUGAAGAAUUUGCCCCAAGCCAACUACAACCUCCUGAAGUACAUAUGCAAGUUCCUUGAUGAAGUUCAGGCUCACUCCAGCGUUAACAAGAUGAGUGUUCAGAACCUAGCAACAGUAUUUGGACCAAAUAUCUUACGACCCAAAAUGGAAGAUCCAGUGACCAUGAUGGAAGGCACCUCACUAGUUCAGCACCUGAUGACGGUGCUGAUAAGUGAACAGGGGCGAAUCUUUGCUGUUCCUCAGGCAGAUGUGCCAGGGAGCCAGCUGGAAAUCAGACCCGUGCGUCCACGCAACACUGUGGAGUGGAUUUCUGAGGAGGAUGGGGAGGACAGCAGGUCAGAAAGCAAUGUUCCCAGCCCUGCUGAUCUGCCUUCUGGCAAUGCUGUGGCACUGGAGGCCACCACUGGACCUGUGUUGAAAAACACCCCUCCGGAGCGCAGCAGCAAGUUGACUCAGCCUGCCACCAGCCCCAGCAAAAGAGUGCAGACACUGCCUCCAUGGAAAUACUCCUUCCGCCAGCAGGGAGCACGGUCUGUGAGCCCAAAGCUGGGCAGCUCAUCCCUUGAUAUCCCCAACCUCUCCUCCAGUGGAAACUGGCUGAUGAAUGGACUGUACUCUCUCCGAGGCCACCGCCGGACAGCCUCUGGGGAACGAGUUAAAGACUCUUGUUCUUCUCAAAGACUCUCUACUUAUGACAACGUCCCUUCGUCCAGCCUCUCCCUCAGCACACACAGUAUGGGCAGCACCACGUGGUCUACAUCGUCGUGUGAGAUCUCCGUGGUGGACUCGGUCAGCAGCUGCCCAGCCUGUCGGGCCAGUGACUCCUCGCCUUUAAGCUCUCUCCAAACCGAGUGGAUGACUCAGGGUUCACUGUCUCAGAGUGAGGUCAAGACUGCAGAUCUGGAGAACAGCAUCGACAGGUUAGAAGCCUGCAGCAGCAGCAGUGAGCAGAGCAACCUAGCUCCAGCUUCCAGAGACUCUGUCAGAUGCUCUAGGGCCUUACAGAGCUUGGUGGUAGAGCUUAAGACAGAACUGAGCAAACAGAGGACUGAGUACGAGACCAGUAUCAAAAGAAUUGAAGAAGCAAGUGCAGACCUGAGGAAGCAAGUGGUUAGGCUAGAAGAAGAACUGGACCAAGAACGAAAGAAAUACACAAUGCUGGAGAUUAAACUGAGGAAUUCUGAACGUGCUCGGGAAGAUGCAGAGAAGAGGAAUCACCUCCUGCAGAAGGAAAUGGAAGAGUUUUUUUCAACAUUAGGAUGUUUAACUGGUGGGAGUCAAAGUGCUAAAGUCCCCAAAUAGAACAACCUGACGUACAUCACAGAAGAUUCUAUUUCUGGCAAAACCAGUGCAAAUGCACAUUUUGUUGCGUUAUACUCAUGUAUCAUGAGUAAUUCUACAGUGAUUGUGCUCUCAGUGACACGUGCUCUGUUGUUUUUUCAUGUUCUAUAGCAUUUGGGCCAUCUGGGAAAAGACUGCUAAACAUAAUGCUUGAAUGUUUAGAUUUCAGAUUGCCAAGAAGGAGUGGGCACACUUGUGAUCCGCAGGUCAAAAUGUUCCGGUCUCCAUCGCUGUGCUUGUUCCACCUUUGGAUUCCCCACACACUCCUUUUGCUGGUUCAAGGACAAGGGAAAGGCAUGGAAGAUGGGUGAGACCUGGGAGGACCGCAGUCCUAGAAUGUCACCACAUUCAGUGGGGCUUAGCAUAUGGAUUUAAUAUGAGGUUUUUUCCUCCCUAUUCUCUACAUAAUGUUUGUUCAGAUUUCUCAUUCCUGAAAGUGGCAUUAUUUUAUCAAGAGGCUUUGAAAACAAUGUCGACCGAACAGCUGCAAAUACUGGAAAUUUUGACAGUUUCACUAAGUUAUCCCUUAGAUACCAAACAGUUCCACUGCCUCACAAAAAUAUGACCUAUUAAAGUGUAUGUGUUUAACAA